AUGACUGCCUAGUGGAAUCCCUAUUUCAUACCGAAAGAAAAUUAUCAAUAGUUGAAUGUAAAGCAUACAAUCAAAUUAGAAUAUUUCCUUUGUAAGAUUUGAUUAGAAUUCCUAAUUGCCUCAAAAUCCAAAAUCAAUACUAUAGCAUAAUAAAAUUUAGAUUCAAGUAUUUUGAUCCUCAUACUAGACAAAUCCAAAACCGGAAGAAAUAAAAUAUAAAAGAAAUAAAAAGCAAUCCAGUUGUAUUCCGUUUUAAAUAAACAUUCCCUAACAAACUUCUAAUUAAACCUUAACAAAAAUUGCUUAGCCGAGCUUAAAACCAACCUUAAAUAAACCAAAACCAAAUGAAGAUAACAAUUUAAAAGAUUCAGCCGUAUGGGAAAGAAAAGACUACCAAAAUCAGCAAGUUACUUUUGAAUCAUUUCUCAAUUAAUAAAAUCUCUCAAGAAACAAUUCCAUUGAUAGCAAUAGCAAGACAUAGUUCAAAAAAAACCAUAGAUAAUACAGUCAUGUAGUAUAAGGUAAUUCAGGGACAUAUUUUAUGAUUUCUAAUAUACCUUAAAAUAAAAACACUCAUAACAAUACUUCUAAUUCUAACUAUUCUAAUUAUAUUAAGUAAAAAAAGAAUAUUUAUAUUUUUAGUUGCAAUUCUCAGAGGGAAGACAAAAAGAUAGAAAAAUUAAAUGUCCCUAAAUUUUUAAUUUAAGACAAUUCCUCUAAUCAAUUAAGUGAAAGAACUAUCAAAAAGUAAAGUCCUAAUAACAAUUUAUUGAAGCAUAAAAAGAACACUCGAUGCAUUUCUAUGGGAGAAUAAAAAAAUUUGGGACUCACUCUAGAAUGUGAUGAAUCUAGCAUUACUAUUUUGAGUGAUAAUGCUAAUUCAACUAAAUCAAAAAAUGUCUAACUAAAUUAAACUUUUCUCUAAAAUGAAAACGACAAGGAUUCAUAAAUUGGUGGAUUUUCUGCUGAAACUUUAUAAGCACUUAUGUUAUAAGAAAUUGAACAUUUUCCAAAUCCUGAUUAUAUGGUUUCUAUUCAAACUCAAUUAAGUCCAAAAGUCAGAGCAAUCUUAAUGGAUUGGAUGAUUGAUGUUUGUUCUGUCUACAAUAUGAAAAGAGACACUUAUUAUUUGGCAGUGGCCUAUGUUGAUAGCUAUUUAUCGAAAAAAUCUAUACCAAAAGUAGAUGUGUAAUUAUUGGGGACAGCCUCAAUGCUUAUUGCAUCUAAAAUGGAAGUAUUUUAAUUUGUUAUAUUCGAGGAAGUAGAGGCAAAACAUGUCAGUGAGUUUGAAAGAGCAGCCAAUCAUGGGUAUACCAUAGAUUAAAUUUAUCAAAUGGAAAUAGAAGUUUGUACAGUCCUCCAAUGGCAUUUAAAUCUCCCUACAAUUAAUCUAUGGAUUGAAUUCUACACUAAUUAAUGGGAUAAUUUUAUCACAGAUAUUCAAAAGAAAUUCAGAGCCAAUAACACAACUUCUUAUAAAUGUAAAUUAUUUUCCUAUUGUAAGUAAUGUUAAAAUUGCAGGCAUUUAUUGAUUGUUGCUACUUAGAUAUUUCUACAUUGAAUUAUAAACCAAGAACUUUGGUAGCAUCAUUUAUGUAUUUAAUCUUGGCAAUUGAAUAUUAACAAUUUACUAAAGAAUAAAUAUUUUAUGAAAUCCCUAAGACUCGCAAAUUCAUCCUAGUUGAUUGUAAUCCUUGAAUUAAUUCAUAGCUUAGAAAUCGUUCAAUAAGUUAUUUACUGAAUUUGUUUAAUAUAGUUUUGGUUUCAAUUUAGUAGAUCUAAUAGAUGUUAUCAAAUAUGCAGCAAAAUUUAUAAUGCUUGAUUUUAAAUUUAGUGAUACUAUUCAGGAUAAAAUUAUAGAAGUAUAUAAAUUUAUAACUUAUAAAGAGACAUGAGGACCUACUUAUAUACUAAAAAUAUAAUUAAUCAGGACUAAUGUACAUUGAAAAUAAACUUCAAAAAUGA